GGAAAGUGGUACGAAAUCGGCGCGACAGCGUUGGGCAAGUUUCAGAGCAAGGGCGAGCUGGGAAUCGCGUCUAUAACCUACACCUACAGCACCGCCAAAAAGGGAAAUUCCCGCGGCGCCCUCAGCCUCACGCGCCAGGGCGUGGUGGCGGUGAUGCCGAUGCGCCGCGGCCAGGUCGCCGCGAUCUCCGCCGCCACCACCGUUCUCGCGCAGCAGCUGCGCGCCGUGUGCGGCACGGUGUCGUCGGUGCGCACGAAGCAGCAGCUGAGCACGUCGUACCUCACGCUCGGUUCCGAAGAGCUGCCGGUCGACGUGAAGCAGUCCGUGUCGUACGGCCUCGGGAGUAUCGAGGGUGCGGUGGCGGAUGUGUCACGGCGCGCGGAGGCGCUCUGGGCGGAGUUGGACGAUGUGCAGCGCGCCAAUGCGCAGUUGAACCAGCGCGACUCCUUCGCGCUGGUGGCGCGGAUGAAGAUCGCGUUGCGGAGCGCGUCAAGCGCGAUUCAGGGGGCGGCGAAGGGAAUCGACGCGAAGCGGAACGAGAUGUUUUCUAUCGCUGCCAUGAACCGCGUGAUUGUAGGCGGUGUGACUGCAGCGCAGGGCAGCGCCAAGGGAAAGGAAGCAAUCUCCCUGGCUAUGGCGAACGUGAUGACGGAGUGCCAGAACGGCAGCACCUUCUCCCAGCGCGUGGCGGCGCUGGCCUCCGCCACGCGCUCUCUGUCGCCCCUCGUGUCGAGCCUCUUCAGCAGCCCCAGCCCUGCGCUCUACACCACACGCACCACCGCCACCGCCACUCUCAAACUUACCUCCGAGGCUGGGAAGAUGAUCCAGCAGUAUCAGGGCGUGCAGACAGACCACUGGGUGAUUGGUCUGUGGGGCAAUUCUGCUAAGGGGUACUCACAUGCACUUGUGUACUCGUGCUACCAAUCCACGCCAGGCUUGUCAUCAGAUCAAGAUGGCCAGAGGAACGUGAAGGUGGCGGUGGCGGUGGACGGCAGCGACAACAGCAUGCACGCGCUUCGAGAGGCGGUGCGGCUCUUCGCGCGCACAGCCAAGGAGUUCCACAUCAUGCACGCGCACAAGCCGCCUAAUGAGUUCCGCACGGACUCACUGUUCUCAUGGCAGGAGUACCACCAGCGCAUGGAGCACGAGCGGCACACCAAGGCACAGCAGCUGCUGCAGAAGUGCGCUGCUGUGGUGAGGGAAGAGGGAGGGAAGCGGGGGGUGGACGAGGGCGUGGCUGUGAGUGGCGUGGAUCUCAAGGGCGACCCUCGGGAUGUGCUGGCCAGUCACGUGCAGAGCGUUGACGCAGAUCUCAUGGUCAUGGGGACACGUGGCAUGAGCCUGCUCAAACGCAUGGCUCUGGGGAGUGUGAGCUCGCACUGUGUGCACCAUGCUCCUUGCCCAGUGUUGGUUGUUCCAUUGAAAGCAGAUGCUGCUCACGAUUCAGUAUCAGCACCCAAAGCAACUGCCACUCAAGCUGGAACAUCCGAGCUGGAGACUCAUGCAUUGUCUGCUGCAGGAGGUGCUUGA